AGUCCUAGCUGUCGUCAUCAAACUGAGUAAAAUCGUAAACGAGAAAGCUAACAAGAAUAUCUGUUUUAUUUUAAUUCACGAUAUUAUCUGUCCAUUAUGGCGGAUAAUGUGGAAGGAGAAGGUGUGGGAUUCAAUGAGAACAGGAUGGCGCAGCCGCAGUCUCUGCGAUUCCGCACCCCUGCUCCUCCCCCCACGCCAGUAAUGCGCAAUCCUCCACCCCUGUUGAGACCUCCACCUCCACCUUUCGGUGUUAUAAGAGGGCCUCCUCCUCCACCGAGGCCUCCAUUCGGACGCCCACCUUUUGAUCCAAGCAUGCCACCCAUGCCACCACCUGGAGGGUUGCCCCCACCAAUGGGACCCCCUCACUUGCAGAGGCCUCCUUUCAUGCCUCCGCCUUUGAGCAACAUGCCUCCACCUCCAGGAAUGAUAUUUCCCCCAGGAAUGCCCCCAGUCCCUUCAGCUGGGGCACCUAAGCUACCCCCAUCAGAGGAGAUCUGGGUGAAGAAUACCACUCAAGAGGGAAAGGUCUAUUACUAUAACGUUCGCACGCGGGAGUCAGCCUGGACCAAACCUGAAGGUGUAAAGAUCAUCCAGCAAUCUGAGCUCACUCCUCUGGCGGCCAGUCAGCAAGCAGCAGCUGCAGCGGCAGCAGCAGCGGCGGCAGGGGUCGCUAUGGUCACCAGCCCCGGGAGCAGCGUCAGCAACACCACCACCAACGCUAACGGCGGCAUGAGCAGCGUCCAGUCAGUGAGCACCACGGCCCCAAUCAGCGUCUCCCCAUCCCUAAGCUCCACCCAGGCCCCCUCGCCCAGCCGCAACCUCAGCUCCAGCCCCGAGCUGGCCACCAGUCCGGCUCCAUCGCUGCCUCCACCUGGGCCAAGUCCGGCCCACACCGAGAUGCCUCCUGUAGCCUCUGUGCCCUCCACCGGGGGAGUGACACCCGUCACCGUGGUGAGUGUCUCCGGGGUACCAGCAUCGAUGACCCAGGUGCAGACGGUCCCCCUGAUGCCCCAGAGUCUCCCGGGGACCCUGCCUCACUCUGUGCCCCAGCCCACCGCCACCGUGCCAGCCUUCCCUCCGGUCAUGGUGCCUCCGUUCCGAGUGCCCCUGCCAGGGAUGCACAUCCCUCUGCCCGGUAUGCUGCCAGGCAUGGGCCCACCUUUGGUACCCAUGGUCCACCCCCAGCUGACCAUAGCAGCUACACCUGCGACACUGGCGGGUACCCUACCCCUACCAGAGUGGUCUGAGUACAAGACGGUGGAUGGGAAGACGUACUACUACAACAACCGCACACUGGAGUCAACCUGGGAGAAGCCUUUGGAGCUGAGGGAAAAAGAAAAGGAAGCCGAGAAAGCCAAAGAGAGGCAGGCUGCGGAGGACUCUGAGGAUGUAGACAUGGCUGAUCAGGAGGACCUCGUCGAGCCAAAGGUUGAGAUAAAAGAGGAGCCAAAAGACGAGGAAAUGACAGAAGCAGAGAAAGCUGCACAAAGAGCCAAGCCUGUCGCUUCAAACCCCAUCCCUGGAACCCCCUGGUGUGUGGUUUGGACAGGUGAUGACCAGGUGUUCUUCUACAACCCAACCUCUCGCAUCUCCCUGUGGGACCGACCGUCUGAGCUGGUUGGCCGAGCUGACGUGGAUAAGUACAUUCAGGAGCCUCCACACAAGAAGACUUCUGAGGAUGGACCCAAACCACCUGUCGUCACCAAGGAGAUAAAGGAGGAGGAGCCGGCCCGAGAGGAGAGUGUUGAGGAGGAGCCAGUCCAGGCCAAAAGGAGGAAGAAGGAGGAAGUGAAAGAGGCUGACCUGGAGAAAGAGGCGGCCCUGGAGGCCGAGCUGAAGGCAGCUCGGGAACGGGCCGUCGUGCCGCUGGAUGUGCGCAUGACGCAGUUCCGGGACAUGCUGCUCGAGAGAGGGGUAUCUGCCUUUUCCACCUGGGAGAAAGAGCUGCAUAAGAUAGUGUUCGACCCUCGUUACCUCCUCCUAAACUCAAAGGAGAGAAAACAGGUCUUUGACCAGUAUGUGAAAACCCGUGCGGAGGAGGAGCGGAAGGAGAAGAAGAACAAGCUGAUGCAGUCCAAGGAGGACUUCAGGAAGAUGAUGGAGGACUCCAGGCUGCAUGUCCGGAUGACGUUCAGCGAGUUCGCCGCCAAGCAUGCGAGAGACACCCGCUUUAAGGCCAUCGAGAAAAUGAAGGACCGCGAGACCAUCUUCGUAGAGUUUAUGACCGCCCUGAGAAAGAAGGAGAAGGAGGACAGCAAGAACAGAGUUGAAAAGGUCAAGCAGGACUUUUUCGACCUGCUGAGUGACCACCAUAUUGACGUGCAGCAGCGCUGGGCUAAGGUGAAAGACAAGGUGGAGACAGACCCGCGCUACAAGGCCGUGGAGAGCUCCGCUGCCCGCGAGGACCUCUACAAACAGUAUGUGGAGAAGCAAGCAAAGAACAUGGACGCUGAGAAGGAGAAGGAGCUGGAGAGGCAGUCUCGGAUUGAGGCGAGCCUACGGGAGCGCGAGCGCGAGGUCCAGAAGGCCCGCUCCGAGCAGACGAAGGAGAUUGACCGGGAGCGCGAGCAGCACAAGCGAGAGGAGGCCAUCCAGCACUUCAAGGCCUUGAUGUCUGAUAUGGUGAGAAACACGGACGUGUCGUGGGCAGAGACGAGGCGAAUGCGGAAGGAUCACCGCUGGGAGUCGUCCUCGCUGCUGGAGCGUGACGAGAAGGAGAAGCUCUUCAACGAGCAUGUGGAGGCGCUCACCAAGAAGAAGAAGGAGCACUUCAGGCAGCUUCUGGACGAGACGGCCUUGAUCACCCUGACGACCACCUGGAAGGAGGUGAGGAAGAUCAUUAAGGAGGACCCCCGCUGCAUCAAGUUCUCCAGCAGCGAGCGGAAGAAACAGAGGGAGUUUGAAGACUACAUCAAAGACAAGUACAUCAUAGCCAAGGCUGACUUCAGGACUCUUCUGAAGGAAACCAAGUUUAUCACAUACAAGUCCAGGAAGCUGAUCCAGGAGUCUGACCAGCACCUGAAGGACAUUGAGAAGGUUCUGCAGAACGACAAGCGCUACUUGGUGCUGGACUGUGUACCUGAGGAACGCCGCAAGCUCAUCAACUUCUACAUUGAGGAUCUAGAUCGGCGCGGGCCCCCGCCUCCCCCCACCGCGUCUGAACCCACUCGCCGCUCCACCAAGUGAAGACCACAAACACCCCCCCACCCCCCUUAGCAAAGACUUGUACCCCUAGCUUCUCCCCUCUCCCAAAACAAUUCAUGACGCACAUAUGAGACACCCCCCCUGAACUUUAGUUUGCCUUUAAGCCCAGUGGUACUGGCCUGUGGGAAUGUGUCCGUGAUGCAAGUAGGAUUGGCACACACUGGCCGUUGGGGGCGCCUUUUGGACGAUCCAAGGCUACUGGCGAGCUUUAGCUCUCUGCCGAGCAGGGUAUUUAUUGUGUAACCCCCGAACAUCACACAUAUCCCCCCUGGCCUCCACCACUACCAUCCCAAGCGCUAUGAAGUGAGAAGGGGAGAGUGGUGUCGAGUUCAGUGUUCCUAGGCCACGUGACGACGUGGUGGAGAUGUCAUGGAGUCAGACGUAAAUGCAUUUUGGUUUGAAUGCAUGAUUGGAAUCCGAGGAAAACGACUGCGAGAGGGCCUUAGUCGUGUGCUUUACUCAUACACAAGCUCUCACGGUUGUGCCUGUAAUUUGUGUGUGUGUGUGCUCAGACAUUGCGACUGUAUUUUGUUUUUGUUUUUGUUUGUUUGUGUUUACUGGAAUAAAUACAAGCUCUUCUGUUGAAGUUUAUAAAA